AUGACCAUACCAAAAGGACUAACAUUACCUAAUUCUUUUAUUGCAGAUUCUAAUCUGGUUUGUAAACUACAAAAAUCGAUAUAUGGCUUAAAACAGUCCUCACGGCAGUGGUACAGAAAGUUGUCAGAAGCUCUCUUAAAGGAAGGUUUUCAACAAUCUAAAGCGGACAACACUCUAUUUACAAGAGGAGCAGAUGAUAGUUACAUAGCCCUGCUUGUUUAUGUCGACGACAUAAUAAUCACAGGCCCUAAUUUAUCCAUCUUACACGCCCUACAAUCCUCCCUGCACCAACAGUUCAAACUCAAGGCUCUUGGCCCUCUUAAGUAUUUUCUAGGCUUUGAACUAGCUCGGUCAACAGCUGGGAUAUUUCUCUCUCAACGCAAAUACACUUUGGAGCUCUUGGAGGAUACUGGCUUCCUCGGCAGCAAGCCCACAAAAACGCCUAUGGAUCCUAAAGUCAAGCUCCACGAUGAAACCACCCAACCUCUUGAUAAUCCCUCUGCAUUUAGACAGCUUAUUGGACGCUUACUGUAUUUGACACACUCACGCCCAAACAUUACCUUUGCUGUAAAUUCUUUGAGCCAACACAUGGCAACCCCUCGGACUAAUCAUUUACAGGCAGUACACCACCUACUUCGGUAUCUCAAAGGGAAUCCUGGCCAAGGCUUACUUUUUUCUUCACUUUCCAGCCUACAGUUAAGGGGUUUCUCAGAUUCAGAUUCGGCAUCAUGUCCUAUUACUCGUCGUUCAGUAACUGGUUUCUGCAUCUUUAUAGGAGAUUCUCUCAUUUCCUGGCGAACCAAGAAACAGCCAACAAUUUCCAAGAGCUCAGCUGAAGCAAAAUAUAGAGCUUUGGCUGCCACUACAAGUGAAAUAACUUGGAUACGAUAUCUCCUACUUGACCUUCAUGUUCCACAAACAACUCCUUCAUUUAUCUACUGUGACAAUCAAUCCGCAAUUCACAUUGCCAAUAACCCUACCUUCCAUGAACGCACCAAACACAUAGAGCUUGAUUGCCAUUUUUUCCGCGACAAAAUCAACAACUCCACAAUCCGUCUUGCUCAUGUCCCCAGCUCACUGCAGUUGGCUGAUGCUUUCACAAAACCACUGACUUCCCCUAUUCUACAAACCCAUAUUGCCAAGAUGAGUGUCUACAAUAUAUACACUCCAUCUUGA